AUGUCGCUUACUGAGGAGGAUGCCGGCCAGUCGUCGACCCAUGACUGGCAGGAUAGCGAUGGCCCUUCCUCGUCAGUGAGCACCAAGUCGGAUAACGAUGCUGAUGAUGGCAACUACCGGUCCAACGCGCCGCCACAGCCAACCCAAAAGCGACGACGAGUGAGGCGCGCCUGCGACGAAUGCCGCUGGAAAAAGAUCAAGUGUGACGGCAAGCAGCCAUGCACACACUGCUCAGGGUACAGUUAUGAAUGCACCUACGACAAACCCUCCAAUAGAUGGAGAAAUCCGGCUCCACAGUACAUCGAAACCCUCGAGAGCCGUCUACAACGCGCCGAGUCCCUACUUCACAUGUUCCUGCCCGAUGUCGAUUUGGCUGAUCCCAACCUCGACCCAGCCAUCCAACAAGAGUUUCGCAAUCGAGCAAAUGCACGUGCUCAAGUCGCCAAGGCCCCACACACACAACCCGCUGCGCCUGAUCCAAACGAUGCCCACCUUGCUUCCAUGAUCGACUCCGUCGGCCAGCUUGACCUCGACGACAGGGGCAGCUGGGACUUUCACGGUAUCUCGUCCGGUGUGGUCUUCUUGCGACGGAUGAAGGAACAUUUUACGCCUAUGCUAGGCCCAACGGUUAAGGCACCGCUUUUACCUCGCCCCGAACGACUACCAGGUCUCGAAUCGCCCUUACUUUCUUCCGUCGGUCCACCAUAUUCAGCUGUCCCGAGUUAUCCCGAACUGCCUCCCAAGGAUGUUGCCCGUAAUCUGUGCUACUAUUCCCUCAGCUGCGCGACCUGUCUAGUCCGCAUUGUCCAUAUACCCACUUUCUAUGACCAGAUGGAGAAGAUUUACGACCGGCCGCUCGAUAAUCUCACCAAGGAGGAAACCCAAUAUCUUGGGCUGCUUUUUUCUGUUAUGGCACUAGGGUGCAUGUACAACAAUCUCGACGACAACGACCCAGGAAGCAUGGCAUACCGACAAGCAACAGAAGAAGGUCUGAAGUAUUACAAUGCGGGACGAUCCGUAUUACAAGAUAUAACAGACUGCCGCGAUCUUAUAUCUUUACAAGCCCUACUAUUUAUCAUUUUGUUCCUUCAAGCUACAUCAAACCUCAGCAGCUGCUACUCUUUCAUCGGCAUCGCGCUCCGCUCGUCGCUACGAAUAGGCCUCCAUCGGCACCUGCAACACGAAAAGAUCAAUGCCAUUGAGCAAGAAGUCCGAAAACGCGUUUUUUAUGUCAUUCGACAGAUGGAUAUCUACAUCUCGACGCUACUCGGUUUUCCUCUCCUUCUCAGCGUCGACGAUAUUAACCAGCCUUUUCCUGCCGAGGUCGACGAUGAAUAUAUCACCCCUACGGGCAUUCUCCAGCCACCUCCUGGAUCAGCAUCUUUCUUCCAGGCCUUCAAUGCACAUUCCGAACUGACGGAAAUCCUAUCCAAGGUCACAAAAUACGUGUAUCCUACCAAGGGCUUGGGUCAAAGCGUGACGAAAGACAACAAACCCGCCUUGACCUAUUUGAUCAGCUACGAGCGAGUCAGAGAAAUCGAAGCGGAUCUACAUUCUUGGUUUGAGAGGCUGCCCCAGCACUGGCGGCCGAGUAGUGAGGGUCCGAUUGAAACGGCCCGGAUUCGACAUUUGUUGAGACUUGCCUAUGCGCAUGUACAACUUGUUCUAUACCGGCCUUUUUUGCACUACAUCUCUCCUCGUUUAAGCCAAGGAACCAAGGCCGACGAGCUAUCAUAUGCAUGCGCAGCAGCAGCAGUCAGCGUGUCUCGCAACAUUGUGCAUAUUGGCCAGGAGAUCCGAAAACAGCGUGCGCUCAGUGGGCCUUAUUGGCUCAUGCUGUAUACCGAGUUCUUUGCUGUCCUCUCUCUUGUGUUUUAUGCCACAGAAAACCCCGAGAAGCCUGGAUCUUGCGCGGUUCUCGCGGAUGCUCGGGCCGGAAGACAGAUGGUUGCAGCACUGGCAGAAAAGAGCAUGUCCGCCGAGGGGGUUCUGUUCGAUCAGCUUCCUGACCAGUUGGACGCUGAACCCAUGCGACCAGCGACCACGACGAAGAGGUGUCACCCCUCAGGGCCGCUUUCGUCUGGGUCGACUCAUCGGACCCCGAUACCAGCGACCAUGUUGUCCCUUGGUGCUGCUGGCUCUACAAGCGGAGGCCAGACCUUAACCAGCAUUUUUCCUAUGACCCUAUCUCAGGCCACAAUGGACCCCUUACAUGCCAUGCAGGGAUUCCAGGAUGGCGGAUUUUCAACCAACUUCAAUGACUUUAUAACGGUUGGCAUACAGAGGAGCACGUCGGAAUCAACUAGCAGAGCGGCAACAAGCGCACGACGCGAAUCCUACACAGGACAACCGCUUAGCAUUCACAACCCUGUGAAGAAGCUCGUCCCUCUCAUGUUCCCUUCAGAGGACCCAUUCGCGUACCCGAAUCAGCCCAUGAUAGAACGCGGAAUCCCAGGCAAAACGGACCAGCCAGUCAGCAUAGGUGAUCACAGUCAAGACAUGCAACUCUUCCUAACAGGAAUGUUUGACGAUGUAGAAAGCCAGAUCUUCGGACAGCCUCCGCUAUACACGAUGCAUCAGCAAGGCCAGCCAAUGAUGAACGUGCCGAGUCAGAUGCAUGACCCUGCCAGCAUGAUGGGCAUGCUUUCGAGUCAACCCGUGCUGCAGCGUCGGCCGACGUCACAGAUGUAG